AUGUCUGACGGAACUCUAUUUACUGACUUGAAAGAGAGAAGAUUGAUUAGAACUAUCGUGCCAAGGGGUUUGGUGCGUUCGUUGAAGCUGGACGUGAAACUUGCAGACCCCAGCGACGCCCAGAAACUCUACGAUCGGGAAUUUCCCUGGGGCAAGUACCCCACCUUUGUGGGGCCACGUGAUGAGUGGACUCUCACUGAAGCAAUGGCCAUCGACUACUACCUGAUCCACCUUUCCAGCGACGAGAAGGUCAUUACGCAGCUACUGGGGCCCGAGCGCGAUUUUAGAGCUCAUGCAGACAUUUUAAGGUGGGAGUCGCUCUCUACCAGCGAUUUCUUAAACGAAGUCUGCGAGGUAUUCUUCCCUCUAGUAGGCGUAAAGCCGUACAAUGCCGCCGAAUUCAAAGCUGCGAAGAGAAACAUAGACACGAUUGUUUCUCUUUACGAGAGGAGAUUGAAGGAACAGCAGUUUCUUACGUCCGAUGACCACGAGACUCUUGCUGAUUUGACCUCUGCUGCAGCUUUUUCACUAGGAUUUAUAAGUAUUUUCGAUGAAACAUGGAGGUCCACGCAUCCUGAAAUCACCAACUGGUUCAAUAAGGUGAUUAAGUCGCGCUUUUUUGAAGGUGAAUUUGAAAAUUUUGAAAUGUGUGAGACCGCCAUGCAACCCAAGGGAUAA